GGGGAGAGAGGGAAGAGAAAGAGGGGAAUGUCUGAGAGAGUCUGAGGGAACCGGUGGGCAGGAGAGAGAAGUUGGACGACAGACUGCAAGAAACAUUGGUUUCAAAAUACUCCCUCGGUUGCUAGAAAUAGAUUGGCGUUGGACAACUUCAUCAAAAGCUUAAUCAGCGGCCAUAAAGUUUGGAGUGCCUUUUGCAGUGCGCUUUUUGGGUAGCCUAAAAGUUUGGUGCAGUAUUGGGAUCAACCAAAACGACAGCUUUAGGGGGAAAGCAAUACUUUGUUUAACGCUGAUUUUUUACACACUCUGUCUCCUUAAAAAGGGAACUGAAACUACGGGAUCCGCUUUGUGGAUAAAACACAUUUUCAGCAAUUGCCAGAUUCACAACGAAACUUUUUUCAGCGCACAACUUUGGAUCUUUGAGCUACUGAGAUGCGGUGAUGGAGUUCGGCGAUGUUUCCAAGAUGACUGCUCUUCUCAUAAAGCACACUUUCAGGGGUGAUCUCCUCUCAAGAAAAAACAUGAGCCCGUCUAUGUGGUCUUUGUUGAUCCUCACCGUCAUUUUUUCUACUUGGAGGCCAGUAAGCGCCGGCACACUGACAGAUAUGGAGUUUGAGCGGAGUCCCACUACUGUCAUCUCUUCACUGGGCAAACCUGUUACAAUGCACUGCACCCUAAAGGGUACAGGGGGAGAGGAAGAGGACCCCCCUGAUGUGCUUUGGCUGAGGGACGGUGUGCCACUUCAAUACGCAGAUACCAACCAGUUCCAAGUUCACACUGGCAGCAACAGUUGGACAAUCAUGAGCACACUCAGUAUUGAGAAGGUCCAGCUUCCUGACAUGGGCUCCUAUCGAUGUGCUGUUCUAUCAGAAAGCCACCAGACCUUUUCUGAGGAGGGGAGCAUUCAGCUGGAGGGCCUUCCUCAUUUCUCUGUGGAGCCUGAGCACAUGUCUGUAGUGGCCAACGUAUCCCUGAGCCUGAGAUGUGUGGCCCACGGACCUCCAGAGCCAGUCAGUGUCAUCUGGCUUCAGGAUGGUGCUCCUCUCAAUUCGCUGACAGACCCGGUGGCCCUGUCACCCUCCACACUCAACCUCGCAGGUUUGAACAGGACAAGCACCUUUUCUUGCGAGGCCCAUAACGACAAAGGUGUGGCCACCUCUGGAUCUGGUACCAUCACUGUUCUCCCGUCCCAGCCUCAGAAUCUGAGAGCUGUGGAGUUCAACCAGACCAGUCUCCGCUUAUCAUGGCAGGCUGGUUUUGGAGGGGACUACCCAAUAAUCCGCUGCACUGUUCAGGCCAGGCAUUCAGGAGAGUCCUUCACAGGAGGCCCAGAUAAGAUGAUCCACAACCAGAACGUGAACAUCCCACCAGCCACGCACAUCAUCGGGAACCUGGAGCCCCACAGCCUCUAUGCUUUCAGGGUGGCCUGUCACAGCAGCCAGGGCACAUCUGACUGGUCGCCCUGGGUAGAGAUACGCACCAAAGAAGGAGUGCCAGAACACCCACCUGUUAACGUGACCGCAGUGCUAAAUGGGACCGAGGUGCUGAUGACGUGGGAGGGUCCUCCAGGAAAGCUGAAUGGAGAACUGCAGGGCUACAUGGUGGAGUACAGCACACCUGCCACACAGCAGCUUGUUGUCGAUACUGGACUGGACACUGACCUGUCAAUCAAUCUGUCUGUACCCCUGUCCAAUGUGUCUUUUCGAGUGUGUGCCUAUACAGGUGGAGGGCAAGGACCCUGGACCCCCACACAGACUCUGACACUUAUUGCUCCUGAAAUGGAGGAAAUUAGAGGUUCAUCAUCACCCGAAGCCUUUUCCUGGCACUGGUGGUAUGUGGUGAUGGCCAUUGCCGGCGCUGUGUCCAUAGCUGUGCUCAUGGCUGUUUACGUGGCCAAGCUGCGGCGCAAGGAGACUCGCUUUGGAGAGGCAUUUGAACCGAUGAUGGAGAGCGGAGAGCUGGUUGUCAGGUACCGCGCUCGCCGCACAUACAGCCGCAGGACUACAGAGGCAACAUUGAACAGCCUGGGCAUCAGCGACGAGCUGAAGGAAAAGCUCCAAGAUGUGAUGGUGGAUAGACAUAAACUAACCCUGGGAAAGACCCUGGGAGAAGGGGAGUUUGGCUCUGUGAUGGAAGGGCUGCUGACUCAGGAGGAGUCUGCUCUCAAAGUUGCUGUCAAGACUAUGAAGAUUGCCAUCUGUACCCGCUCAGAGAUGGAAGAUUUUCUGCGUGAGGCUGCCUGCAUGAAAGAGUUUGACCACCCCAAUGUCAUGAGGCUUCUAGGUGUGUGUCUGCAGACUGUGGAGAGUGAAGGUUACCCCUCCCCUGUGGUCAUCCUGCCCUAUAUGAAACAUGGAGACCUGCACAGCUAUCUGCUAUACUCGAGGCUGGGAGAUUGUCCUGUGUACCUCCCCUCUCAAAUGCUGGUAAAGUUUAUGACUGAUAUUGCCCGAGGAAUGGAGUACCUCAGCAGCAAGAACUUCAUCCACAGAGACCUUGCCGCUCGCAACUGCAUGCUGAAUGAAAACAUGAAUGUAUGUGUGGCUGACUUUGGCCUCUCCAAGAAGAUCUACAAUGGAGACUACUACAGGCAGGGGCGGAUCUCAAAGAUGCCUGUCAAAUGGAUCGCUAUUGAAAGCUUGGCUGAUCGUGUCUACACCACCAAGAGUGAUGUGUGGUCAUUUGGAGUCACCAUGUGGGAGAUUGCCACACGGGGCCAGACUCCAUACCCUGGGGUAGAAAACAGUGAGAUUUACGAUUACUUGAGACAAGGAAAUCGUCUCAAACAACCUCCAGACUGUCUGGACUGCAUCUAUGCCCUGAUGUUCUCAUGCUGGCUACUGAGCCCAAAGGAUCGCCCAUCGUUCGAGUCCCUGCGCUGUGAGCUGGAAAAGGCCCUUGAAGAUCUGCCAGAUUCUCAGGAUCCUGACGAGAUCUUGUACGUCAAUAUGGAUGAAUCCUCGAUGGAGCUUGGAGCUGUAGGUGGCCGUGACCCCAUUGGGUUGCCGUCCCCUCUCUGCCUGAAGGGCCUGGACUCUGUGACCACAGUGGAAGUCCACCAACCUAACCGCUAUGUCCUCUGUCCCCAACACGAGACCAACCGAGCCCUCUCUGACUCGCUGGAGAGCCUGGAUAUGCCAGUGUCGUCCUCCACAGCCACACUGCCUCUACAGCCAUCGUGCCACUCGACUCCCAACCCCACCCCAGCUCCCACCCCAACUGUUGAACUGCUGGAGGACAGGGAACAGUCCAGGAAAAUGCCCUGGCAGUGAUGGUUUCACUCUUAAAAAAUGACAAGACUACCAAAGUGUGCCAUCCUUUCACCCUAGUCCAAGAAUGAGAUCCAGCCUCUUGCUACUGACCACAAAAAACCUAAUGUGUCCCUAUAUACAAAUUUUGCACACAAAAAAACACACACACACUCGAAGACAUUCCAAGGAAUCGAAGGAUUGGGAUUAUUUCCAUUGUCAACCCUCCCUUUUUUUUAAAUGACCACAUUUCCAAGUGAGUGUAAAAGUUCAUGUGUGAUUAGUGUAGCAGGUGGAACACACUAACGAUAGACAGUGGGUGAACAGGUUUAGAGCACAUGUUGUCCACAUACACUGCAGCACAAUCAGAGAAAGGAAUUCCCAGUUGCUAUAGCAAUAAAAUACCAACUACCUGUAUACAACAGAGUGAUCUCCCUCACAUGAUUAAGCUAAAUCAAAUGUCUCUGUGAAACCAGCCUAGACACUGCCAGACUGAAUCUAUAACCAAACAAACUCAGGUGCUUAAACUUUCCAAUGAGUAAGCGCUAACAUGGAGGACUCACACCAGCUGAGGAGACUGUUCCUCUGAUGGAGAAACCUCACCCAUCUGAUCCCUGCUCCUGUGUAACUCAGCGCAAAAAUAACUUGAGGAUUUGUGGGAAAGAAGUAUCAGUGUAACAUAUGAUCGGGUGAAGAUAACUGGCUGCUUUAAGGUUAUAUUGAUGCAGAUUUAUGAGUUUUGGGCUAAAAUCACAAACAUUGGUUUUGUUGAGCAUUUUCUUUUGCUUGAGUACCAUAAAUUUCCUAUUUUGAGCUGUGGUUUUUGACAGGUGUCAUAACUUCAAGUAUGGUAGAAUUUUCUCUCCCCACAGAAAAUCAUGUAAUCCUCCAACUAAAGUUCACCAUACCUGAAGUUAGAAGAGUUUUACCCAAUAACAACAGAAUGAAAUAUGAAUUUUAAAACUGAAGAAUUAAGAGAGAUAACCAAAAUUUGCAAAGAAAAUAAUAUUCCACUGUAGGCUUUAGAGACUUUUGCAUAAAGCUGUAUGAGUGAGGAACCUCCAUCUUAAUCAGAACCUACAGCAGUUUGUAUGAUAGCCUAAUGUAGCGUUCUAACAACCCCUGCAUCCUCUAUAGGGGUUGUACUGCUGUGCAUUAAGCACCGUGAGCCAUUUACAGUUGACACAAGGUAACUCUUUCCUCACUGACAGGUGCGACACCUGUGCAAGUCCUGAUUCAACAAGUCUACACAUCUUUGUCACAACUCAGGAACCUGAGACUGUUCAACAGGGACAUAGGUACCGGUCAAAUCAAGAGGGUACAAAUAAUCAGAGGCAGAUGGAUGGACUGAGUAUAGGUACGGACAUGAUGGAGUUAUCCAAGGCAAAUGGUUGGCUAAGCUCCUCACCUUUGCUUUUGGCUCAAGCACAGUGUUAUUACACAUUUUGGAUUUGUUUAAUGCUGAUUUUUGUAUUUCUACAACUUUGCACUAAUGUUUUAUAUCUAUGUAUGUUUGUUUUGUAAUUUGUAUAUCUUUCAUGCUUUUUCAUUUUGUGUUUUAAUUACUUUCUGGACAUUCAGUAAUCCUGUAGUUGCCUCUCAUGAAAUCACUUCACAUGUAACAACUUGCAUUAUUCAUAAAGGCAGAGAACAAAGCCUGUAAAAAGCAUGGUAGGGCUUUAAACUCCAUGAGUGUUUUCCGUAAAUGAGCAAAGACUGGGAGAGUGGGAAACAUGACUGUCAUCUGACAUCAUCCUGCCACUCGCUUAUUCUGGGAUAUUUUUGUUUCGAGGUUUAGCACUGUAAAUAGUCUGUUACCGGUAGCGUCGAAGAAGAGAAGACAGAAAGCAGCAGCUGAAAACCAAAUGGAAGUGUGGUCAUCCAAGCCUCUGCUUCCACCAGCUGCAACUUUGCAUCAUGCAUGCACUUAUUUUUAUAUAUAUAUAUAUAUAUAUGGACCAUAUUCCAACACACAUUUUGGGAGAAUGUUUGUUUAAAUGAGACACUGUGUCUCUCAGUUGUAUACAUCAAAGGUACUUACAUAUGAAACAGGAUACAAGGAUAUGUUAUACCUGGUGUGUUAAUGAAAUUCCUUGUUAAGAUAAAGAAUGCAUUUCUUUAAUACGUUUGGUACUGUAUACUCUGUGAGUGGUAGUCCUACAUUGUUUGUGAACUACAGAGCAUGGUGCUGAGACUGAGGCACUGUUCUAAUUUGGUCUGUACAUACUUUUACAUACCAAUUUCAAUACAGAUACACAUUCUGUAUUAUACCAACCAGUGGGUUUGGAACAUUUUGGCCUUUGACAAAAAGAGGGGGCAAAAACACACUAUCUUCCAAGUGGAUUCCAGCAAAAAAGGGAAUCUCAUUCUUCAUGACUUUAGUCAGUUCAGCCUUAAAUUUCAGAAUUUCACUACUUGAUCUUCAGUGCCUUCAGUGAGCCUGUAUUUUGAUGUGUAUGUGGAUUAUGAGUAUCCUGGUGUAUUGAAGUGGGAGAGGACUAAACUAUAAUUGCCUUUAUAUUAUCACUGUCAUGACUUGUAAACAUUUUUUUACAGUAUCUACAGUAUUUUGUAUAAUAAAUAAAUGUGUUCAUGAAUGAUCACUCUUCCUGA